UAUUUUAUCUAGUAGUAGUGGAAGUAAACUUCCAUAUCCUGUGGAACUAACAUUAUCAUAUCGUUAUGACAAGGAUUAUGGUCCAUCAUUCUUCUAUAUAGAUGCCAGGAAUUUUUGAAAAAGGAUAGAUCCUUAGCCUCUUUCUUGGGAAACUAAAUUAUCCAUGACCAAUUAAUUUUGUAAGUAUAUUGGACUACUAUAAAAAUGGAAAAGCCUUUGGCUAGCUAGCAAAUACAUCACUUAAAAACACAACAAAUUGGUCAGCAGGGAAGAAGUGAAAAAAAUGGCAACUGCAGCAGCUGGUAGAGGAGCACAGUCCAUGAACUUCAUGUACUUCAAGCCAAUUCUGCGGAAAGCGUAUCACAGAAAAAGCAGUUCAGCAGAGAUGAUUAGUGAUACUGUUAAAUUGAACGGUGAAGAUCAGGUGAAGAGUGUGAUGAAAAAUAAUCAUGAUGAUAUUUGGUGGGUCCCUGAUGAUCGCACUGGAAUAUUUUAUCCAAAGGGUCAAGAGAAAGUCAUUGAAGAUGUUCCUUCUGCUGCAGGAAAGGACUUUGGAGCUAUUAAUUGGUUUUCUAACCAUGAAGAUUAUCUAUAAUUAACCUAUUAAAUGUAAUUUUGAAGUUGCUUUGAUUUAUAAACAAUCAUGUCAA